AUGCCCGGGGCCGUGCCUACCCGCCCCCGGUACAUCCGCCAAGAACUCCGCGACGGGAGAACCCUGGUGUACAAACUAAAACCGAGCCUCUACGGCCUAUCGCAGUCGCCAGCGCUCUGGAACGACACCCUGGACAAGUCUCUCACGGUGUUCGGAUGGAAAAGUACUCAAUCCGACCCCUGCGUGUACAUGUAUGCCAGCGGCAACAUCAUCGUGAUUCUCACGGUCUACGUAGACGACGUUCUCAUCACCCGAGGAGGCCAGCAGCUCAUGGACCAGAAGAAGGAGGAGCUCACGGAUCGAUUCGAGAUGACCGACAUGGGAGAGGUAAAGCGGAUCCUCGGGAUCGACGUAGAGCGGGACAACGAGCAAGAAACCCUGGCCAUUUCACAGGAGCACUACGUGAACACACUCCUGGAUACGGAACGAAAAUUUCCACGAAUCAAUCUCAGGAUCAAAUGCUAGGACCCACGGACAAGAAAACCUACCAGUCGAUGACGAGAAGCAUCCUCUACCUGGCCCAGGGCACCCGAGUCGACCUCUCUUACGCGGCCCUACAACUGUCCAACGCCUGCAGCAACCCAGCGCAGGUGAACAAGACAGCAGCCAAGCACGUUCUGCGAUACCUUCGGGGUAAUCCAGUUCUUCCUAUCGUCUACAGGAGAGGACAGUCAGUUUCGGCUAGCGGCGUUUACGGAUUCAUCCUUCGGAGCAAACCCCGACAACGGAAGAUCUACCACGGGAUAUCUCUUCUUCCUGGCAGGAUGACUCAUCAGCUACGGUGCGAAGACUCAAACUCUAACCGCACAAAGCACGGGCGAAGCCCUGAUUCAAGCACUUAGCUACUCAGCCAGAGAGGCGAUCCCUAUCUUAAACUUUACGACGGAACUCAACUUCAAUACCUUCGGAUCGGUUCCCAUCAACAGCGACAGC